UCUAAAGGAAAUUAAAACAUUUUGUUUUGUUUUUGUCUUCUCGCUCCUUUAUUUCUUCCACUACUCACUAGCCUCCAUAGCUACCGCUCCUACGAGUCUACGACCUCUUCAACCUACAACUCAGCUCCUCCACGCGCUUUAUAAUUACUUCCACAGUGGCUAACCCACCUUCUCUCCUCUCAUGGCCACGGCAGCAUCAGCUUUCGCCAUCAUCAACUCCUUUCUCCGCCGUCGCCUCCACCGUCCCUGAUCACUCCUCCACCGUACCCGCUGUGGGAAUCAGUACUCCAGACUACAUGCUAGGCCUCAGAAACACCAUCUUCUUACCUCAACCACCGUCGCAGGUUACGUCGCCGGUAAACUUCGCUGCGGUGGAAGAGAGCAACAAGUCGUCGAGGAACAGUAAUGUCGAAGAGAAAGUAUGUAAAGAUUGUGGGAACAGAGCGAAGAAAGAGUGUCUGUUCGAAAGAUGCAGGACUUGCUGCAAAAGCAGAGGCUACAACUGUGCCACUCACGUGAAGAGCACGUGGGUUCCUUCUUCUGCUGCGAGCCGCUCUUCUUCCUCUUCUUCCGACAGGAACAAGAAGCUCAAACUCCAUUCUUCCGACAAACCCAAAAGUGUCUUGAUCGUUCCGACAACCACUUCUCGCCAAGAGACAAGCUUCAAAGAAGGGUUGCCGGGGAAAAUCGAAGCUCCGGCGGUUUUUAGAAGGACGCGUGUAACAGCGGUAAGCAACAACGAACAAGCAGAGAUCGGUUAUCAAGCGACUGUAACCAUAAGUGGUCAUGUCUUCAAAGGCUUUCUCCAUUACUAUGGUGCUGAUCACAACAAAUCCUUUCCAUGUCUUUCUAAUAAGUAAUGUAAUAAUAACAAAUUCAUAGAAAUUUAAAACAUUAAUGGGUCAUUUACAUGAUUCAUAAGCAUUGUCUUUAUUUCUUUAAUGUGUGUAUACAAAUAAAAUAGAUUACUACUA